CUAAAAGAUGAUAUAGGCACCAAAUUGAAUUCUAAAGCUAAUGUGAGGUGACAAUAUUGUAUUAUCCCUAUAUAUUUUUUGGAGUUUCGUUUGACAUCUAUUAUCGACUCACGACGGCAACACCGCCUUUCAGCGACAACAUAAAAGUCCGUGAUCUAAAGACCAACUUCUUUUCUCUUCUCUUUCCUCAAAUGGAUUCACCCUCGUCUUCACCGAAACCAUUGGGGAAAUCGGACAUCCAGAGAUUCAUACGAAGAGUAAUUUGUCCGGCCAUCGUCGACGAAACAUGUCCCAUAUGCUUGAGAACCAUCGACAUUCCUGGAGCGGCAGUUCUCACCGUUUGUUUUCACGCUUACUGCUUGGACUGCAUCCGCAAGUGGAGCGAUUUGAAGAGGAAUUGCCCUCUCUGCAAUUCCACCUUCGAUUCUUGGUUCUACAAAAUCGAUCUCUCCUCUCUAAGAUACCUCAAACAGCAGUUACCUGCUAUCUCCGACUGCAAAUCGGCUAUUCCACGACCUCGGUCCACCGUAUCUGAUCGUCGACGGAUCAUCGAAAGGACCAGAAGAGAAAUAAACGGUGUUAACCGGAGAACGAGACCGUUGCCUUGGCGGCGAUCUUUUGGGCGACCUGGGACUGUGUCGCCUCUUGUUAUCGCCGAAAGGAAGCUUCAAUGGCGUGCCAGUGUGUAUAACCGACGGCUGCAAGCUGUGCCUAUAUAUCAUGGUAAUGGUUUUCAGCAGAAUGUUCCUAGGAUUAGGAAUGAUUUUGAGAAAGAGAAACUACUGCAAAGAAUAGAACCAUGGAUUCAAAGGGAGCUUGAGGCUAUCCUUGGAGUUCCAGAUCCAUCAAUCAUUCUUCAUGUUGUGUCCUCGCUUCUCUUCUCUAGACAUGAAGGAAAGCAUGAUGACUCUUCCGCCUCUUCGACACAGCUCAGUUUUGUCAAUGACAACUUUCUUGCUUCUUUGGAACCUUUUUUACACGACCAAACCAACAUGUUUUGGCAUGAACUCAGAUGCUUUGUGGAGUCUCCAUUUACCAUGGAAACUUAUGAUGCAGUAGUUGAGUAUAGAUAGAUGGAGUAGCGGCGCUUAGCCGAGUUGCAUAUUAUUUUAACUGUCUACCCACUAUAUCUGUGGCGUUAGAGAUCAGUUCCUUCAGAGCUUGUUAUCCUCGAUAGUCUGGUGAUGGCUGCACUAUCAGUUGUUAAGCCAUCAGGUAAAAUGGCACAGCUUAGAGAUUGAAGGAUUUAAUCAAAUUCUGAAGCUAGGAUUUAACUGAUGAAAGAAAAAAGUGCUCAGUACUAUCAAAUUGCUUAAAGUUGAGAGAUCCAAGUAGGGGCUUUGGUAGCCGUCAAAUAAGUAGAGCGGAGCAGAUUAAACACGUCAGCCGGAGUUGCAAGCAAGCCAGGUGGCAACCAACAUUCUUGUAAUAGCCGUCAGAUAAGUAGAGCCGGGCGCCGACCAACAGAUUCUUGUAAAUGUUUGCUUGGAUCAUAUUUUGAUUUUAUAUCAUUUGACGUUCCCUUGGGCAUGAUUUGUGCAAUGAUCAAAGUAUUUUAUACAAUUUAUCGGAAAA